AUCGAUAAAUUGUUCUAGUCACGGAUAAGUCGCUAAUUUUUGCAUAAUAUAAUAUUUAGUAUUAGUCAAAACAAGGAAGCAAAUUAUGUCGUGUUUUCGACUAGCGACUGCCACAGUUUUGACAGGAAUCCGUUCUCCCCAAGUGGGAAGCGGGACUGGAACUUUGCGUCUGUUGACCCGUAGUAGGAAUCCGGAUUUUGCAUUUGCUCGCCGGCAAUUUGCAGUGGCGGUGGAGAACGGCGGAGCCAAGAAGAAGCCCAAUGGAACCUUCAAGUUAGCUAUUUUGGGAGCAACAGUAGGUGCGGCCACCGGAUCUGUGUACACAAUGUACCAACGCUGGACAGACGGAAGUUCGCACAAGGAGCACGAGGAAACGAAGCCCCAGCGACUAAAUGGGAUUCCGGCGGGUGUUCGGAUAACCAAGCGUUAUGUUAACCCUAAGGACAAUUCUGGCCUCGACAUCGUGCUGUUUCAAUUCCAGACAUGUCCAUUUUGCUGCAAGGUUCGUGCCUUCCUCGACUACAUGGGCAUCUCCUAUGCGGUGGUUGAAGUAGACGCUGUUCUGCGGCAGGACAUCCGCUGGUCGUCAGUUAAAAAAGUGCCGAUGGUGCUCAUCCGGCAGCAGGACGGCAAAUACGUCCAGAUGGUGGAUUCCAGUGCCAUUGUAUCCUUAAUAGCCACCUAUCUCCAGGACAAGCGAACGGACAUUGGCGAACUGGCGCAGUUUUAUCCACACACCUCCUUCUUUGACGAUGAUGGCAAAAAGAAGAACGACAUCUUAAACAAAUACUUCCUGAUGUACCGCGAACACACUCCGAAGGGAGUAUCUAAGGAAACAGAGGAGAACGAUCGCAAAUGGAGAACCUGGGCUGACAGCCAUUUGGUGCACCUGAUAUCGCCGAACUGCUACCAGACCAUGGGCGAGUCCCUGGAAACAUUUGAGUGGUUCUCUCAAGCUGGAGAGUGGGAUGUUCAUUUCCCCAAAUGGGAGCGCGAUCUGAUGGUCUACUGCGGUGCCACAGCCAUGUGGGCUAUUGCCAAGAUUCUAAAACGUCGACACGCCCUAAGCGAUGACGUCCGGUCGCACAUGUACGACGCUUUGGAUCAGUGGACAACCGAACUUAAAAAGCGGAAUACGAAAUUCAUGGGCGGUAAACAGCCCAGCUUAGCGGAUCUCUCUGUUUUUGGUGUGCUUUCGAGCAUGGAGGGUUGUCAGACCUUUAAGGAUUGCCUGCAAAACACCAGCAUCGGAAAGUGGUUUUAUGAUGUCAAGGCUUUAGUGGAGAAAAACCGGGGGCAAUUGUAUAGAGAACGUGUCGAGGGCCUGGCGGCUAUAUCGUAAAAAUAGAUUUAUCCAAAGAUUGUUGAAAAUAUCCGAACGGUUCAUUAAAAGAUAUCUAUCCCAAUUUGCGGGCUUUCAACUGA